UGAUAUCCUCGAAGAGCCGGAGAAAGAAGGGUGAGAGAAGUCUUGCGGAGGAAGUAACAGCUUUGCAGCUCCCAGAUGGAACAUCCUCAACAGGGGCGAGUUAUAUGGCCUCCAUGAAAGAUAACUCCCUCCCUCACCUCUGAAAUCUUCUUCCGAGAACUUGGGGUCGAGAUCCGAAUAGGUGGUGGGUACGAGUGUCGGAAGAAAUAUUCUGACACUAAAAUAGGUGGUGAGAAGCUAUCGGACCGAAACAAGGGAAAAGUGGACGAGCCUGAGAAUGAGAGAUAUUCUCAAGUCCCGAUUGCUCCAAAUUCAAAUAUAUCAGUUUUUUUAGCUCUAAUAAGCAUGCAAACAAUCGUUGUAUGUCUUCAUUAAGUUGAGAUAUUACUCAUCAAGUUAUUUUAUUAAGAAUUAUGUUUUAGAAAAAACUUAAUCCUAGUGACAAGUAAUAUAGUCAUAUUUUUAUAGUGCUUUUGAUGUGCAUUUGAUUUCUCUUGUUCCACUCUAAUGUUAUUCUUUCAUUUUUUUUGUUAAGCAUUUUUCAUUAUGGUUGUUAUAUUUGUGAAUUAUAUGUAGAAACUAUAAAAAAUGUGAAUUAACUAUUAUAUAAAACCAAUAAUGAUUAGUUGUAUAUGAUAAAAUUGACCAAGAUGGCAAAAUAGAUUCUCAUAGCUGCAAAAGACUUGAUAUUUAUUAUUUCUAUUUUGUUAGUACUUCAAAGAUCACACAUCCAAACUCCCAUUAGUUGAGUGUAGUUUUAUCAUUCAAAGUUCCAAUUUUGUUGGACAUUUGGUUUACUCGGUUUGGGUGGUUUAAUGGCAAAAUCACAUUCUUUCUUUUGAUAUAUUCUUCCCAAGAUUCUUCGGAAAUGUCUAAUUCUUUUAUGAAGCCAAUAAUUGACUAAUCAAACUAAUAUUUCUUUUGCAUCUUGCAUAAUAAUAGAAACUGGAACUGGGAUAUUCCUUUGAGAAAAAUGUAUCUCUUCUUAUUCAUUCUUGUCUUUGUUUGAUCUAGAUAAGCGAAUUUAUGUAUAACUUUGUAUAAUUUUUUUGUUUUGGAUUUAUGCAUGGAGGAAAUAAGCAAAUUUUUUUUUUUUUUUUUUUUUUGCUAACCGAGUAUCCUGGCCCCACCGAGGUGGUUCAGACUAGAGACCGAAGUGAGCAUGGACGCUGCCAGGGCGUCACCAUGUGGCUCACCGUGUAACGGUCUUCAGUCUCGGAUGCUCCAGCCCACAUGUAAAUUCCGCAGUGGCCAAGGUUCGAAUCCAGGGGCGGACACUCCAGCUGGAGCUCCUAUACCACUAGAACAAAGCAACUUGGUUAAAUAAUAAGCCGCCACUGACGUCUUGGAUGAGUUAAGUGGUGGGAGCUUUGAAUUCCAAAGGGUGUGUAUAGAAUCUUUCUGAUACAAAGUAGUGUCAUGGUACAGAGAGGCAAAGACUUUGUUUAUAUUAUUGUAGAUACACUUGAUGAAGUAAUAUUAGGAUAUGGUCAAAUAUCAUUUCCUAUUAGAGAUGGAUUAAGCUUCCUUGAAAUUUCAUACAACGUGCCAUCUAAAAUAAGUCAAGUCGCCUUGAUGAGUUGCUGCACUACAAGCUUUUUUAGUCUAUAAUAUCCGAGUUUUUCUCCAAUUCCCAACAUAUAACCGGUGAAAAUGUACAUUACAAGGCGUUUGUCAGAGUACAGGAGGAAUCCCUCAGAGCUGACACAGCCUCCUCCUGAGGGUCCAAGCUCUGGAGUUUUGGUGAUCCAUGACCAACACUCACAGAUACAGUCUACGUGUUGCUUUGGCUCGUGUGAGGUAGUGGAGGGUAAUCAUAGUGGUUUGCCGUUAACGCAAAAUCUAAAGCUAGCUGUCCUAUUCAAUAGUGGAGGAGACGACAGUACUAAUGACCCAAUCGUGUUCAUUCCUGUUCUUGAUAAGCCUCUGUCUUCAAACUGCUACUAUGCUAUUAGGCGACGUGGGAAGCAUUCAGGAGAAGCAUCUACUAGCGCCAAAGAGAAAGAUAUAGUCUCUUGUUGCUUGUGCCUUACGCAAGUUCCUGAAGCUAAACCAAAGCAGCUAGAUCCUUAUGACACAUACCAACAGUUCGAGAUCCAUCAAAAGAAACCAUCCUCGCGUUACUACCACGCAACAUCUGUUGCUCCUGACGGGGUCCCACCAUGGUUCCUCAAGAAGAAAGAGUGGACGGUUUCAUACUCUAGGUCCCAAGAAUUUGAACUGAGAGAUGAUGCAAAAGGACUCAACAAAGAGCUUCGUUCCGAGCUUCCUGCUCUUGGCGCGAGCGUUGUUGUUGGGAAGUGGUACGUCCCUUUCAUAUUCGUGAAAGAAAGAGACGCAAAGGAUCAGAUCAAGAGAUCCGUGUAUUACAGCUUGACUCUUGAACAAAGAUGGGAAGAGGUUUUCUCUCAUGAGAAUGAUAAAAGCGAGAACCGUGAUGUUGUGGUUGAUGUGGAAGUAGAAGAUGAAGUUGUGAAGCUUGGGGGACAAGAAAUUACAAGAGGUGUGAAUGAAAAUGGGUUUGUUUGGUUUGGGGUUGGAGACAGGAAGAUCGGUUUAAGGUCAGUGGUUGUUGAGAGGAUGAAAUGGGAAGAAGAGAGAUUUGGGUGGAGAAGCAAAGGCGAGCAGGAGCGAGCAAUGGUGGUUAAGAGACUGGAGGAGAAACCAAAAGAUGGUAGUUUUUGGAAGAGUUAUCAUUGUUAUGUUUUGAUAGAGAGCUUCGUAUUGAAGAGAAUGGAUGAGAGCUUGGUCUUAACAUAUGAGUUCAGACACGUUGAUAAGGUCAAGAGUAAAUGGAGUAAGCUUAUUGGCGCAACGUAAUCUUCAAAAGCUUGAUUAAUCUCGAUGAUGUGAGCUUCCAUUGGUCAAUGCGAUUUAUUUACAGUUGAACUUGUUUUUACCGUUAAGCUGUUUUCAUACUAAGGAAUAUAAUACUCCAUCUAUUUCAUAAUAAGUAUCACUUUAGAUU